GGGAAAUCAGAAUAAGUUGGUGAUUGAUAAACCCUGGAAGGUAAAGAGAAUCUGCUCAUGGCUUCUGCUCUGGCCACUGCCUGUUCUUCCCAACUGCUCCCUCCUCGCAAAGGUCUCCCGUUUCUUGGUCCCACUGUUUCUCCUGCUUUUGUGUCUCUACCUGUCAGAGUCCGAGCGAGAAGGCCUCUUUUAGCUGCGGCGGCGGCAAAGAGUAAUUCCAAUCCUUCGCCGGCGACGACGAACAAGAACAGUAAAGAUAAAGCAGCCGAAGAAGAAGCCGUUGAAGAGGUGGAAGAGGAUCUACCAUGGAUUCAGGAGAAGGCCUUGGACCUGGUGGAGUUCACCGGCUCUGUCACACAGGCCAUUCCUGGCCCCAGAGUCGGCACCAGCUCUCUCCCUUGGAUUUUGGCUCUUCCUCUCGCCUAUGUCGGUCUUUCUUUUGUCAUUGCCGUUGUCAAGACCGUCAAAAAGUUCUCCUCGCCUCGACAUAAACGCAAGAAGCUGGUCAAUAAAAAUGCUAUGCUCUGCAAAUCAAUAGACGAAAUGUUUCAGAGUGGCUCUCACCAAAUCACGCCGGAUGCCCUCAAACAACUUGUGCAAAAGACAGGUUUUGGCAUGGAGGAGAUUUUGCGCAAGUACAUUCGUUAUACUUUGAAUGAAAAACCGUUCAACCCGGACAUGGUUUCCGGUUUAAUUCAGCUUAGGAAAGCUUCUUUGUUGGAUGAUUCUCAGGUGGCUGAAAUUCUAAAUGAGAUUUCUAGAAGAAUUGUGCGAGACAAAGGCCCAGUUGUAAUGGAUAUGGCAGGUUAUACUGAACGGGGUUUCAAGAGAAAAUUAGCCGUUCAAGCGCUAUUUGGAAAGGUGUUCUAUCUGUCGGAGCUCCCAGAGUUCUGUUCGAGGGAUAGUUCCUUAAUUGUCAAAGAAAUAUUUGGUGUUACAGAUGAGGAUGCAGACAGAUUACGGAUGCAUACAGCCUCUGAAGCUGGGGAUAUGGAAUCACUAGAAAAGAUGGUUGAUGAUUCAGAUUCAGACUAGGUCUUCUUGGUUAAAGGUGCAGCAACAUACUGAUGGAAUUCAGCUCAUAAAACAUUAGCCAUAUCAAAACGUAGUCUUUUUCCUUUGGUCUUUUCUCGGGAGCAUGUGGGCUUAAAUUUUUGUGGGAGCGUCUGUUUGAACACCGUCACAUAAAGUGUGCAUAGACUGUCUUUUUAACUAGAAAUUACUGGAUAUCUGUGGAAGUAUUAUAGCGUUUUUCUUUAGACGUAAUAUCCAAAUAAAUCAAUUUUCCAUUAA